AUGGCGUCCAAUGAGGGAUUUCUGACUGAAGGUCAGAGGGAGAUGUUGAAAAUUGCUAGUGAAAAUGCGGAGAGUUUGUCAGCUUUAUCGUCGUCGCCCAAGUCACCGUCGUCGUUGCUUGCUGAUCAUCACAUCAAAGCUCCUGCUGGUGGGAAGGCUCAGACUGCUGGGAUUGCUGUGAGGCAUGUGCGGAAGUGUCACUCUGGGAAGUAUGGGCGGGCGAAGAAAGAUGGUGCUGGUGGUAAGGGCACCUGGGGAAAAUUGCUGGACACAGAAAUUGAUUCUCACAUAGACCGCAAUGAUCCAAAUUAUGACAGUGGAGAGGAACCCUAUCAGCUGGUUGGAACUACUGUUACUGACCCCUUGGAUGAUUUCAAGAAAGCAGUGGCAUCUCUCAUAGAUGAAUACUUCAGUAAUGGGGAUGUAGAUUUGGCAGCAUCUGACCUCAGAGAACUCGGCUCAAGUGAAUAUUAUCCAUACUUCAUUAAGCGUCUUGUUUCCAUGGCAAUGGACAGGCAUGACAAGGAGAAAGAAAUGGCUUCUGUUCUGCUUUCAGCAUUGUAUGCUGAUGUCAUUAGCCCCACCCAGAUUAGGGAUGGAUUUUUUAUGCUUAUUGAAUCUGCUGAUGAUCUUGCAGUGGAUAUAUUGGAUGCAGUUGACAUCCUUGCUUUAUUCCUGGCACGUGCUGUUGUAGAUGACAUUCUUCCUCCAGCAUUUCUUGCCAGGGCAAGGAAGGCUCUUCCAGAAUCUUCCAAGGGAGUUCAGGUAAUCCAGACUGCUGAGAAGAGUUAUCUCUCAGCUCCACACCAUGCAGAACUUGUGGAAAGGCGAUGGGGUGGUAGCACUCACGUUACUGUUGAAGAAGUGAAGAAAAAGAUUGCUGAUUUACUUAGAGAAUAUGUGGAUAGCGGUGAGACAGCUGAAGCCUGUAGGUGUAUACGUGAGUUGGGAGUUGCGUUCUUCCAUCACGAAGUUGUGAAGAAGGCUCUGGUACUUGCCAUGGAGAUUCCUUCGUCAGAACCUCUACUGUUGAAGCUAUUAAAAGAAGCAGCAGAAGAAGGACUGAUUAGUUCCAGCCAAAUGGUGAAAGGGUUUUCUAGAUUGGCAGAAGGUCUAGAUGAUCUGGCUCUUGAUAUUCCAUCCGCUAAAGUCUUGUUUCAGUCAUUUGUCCCCAAGGCAAUCUCUGAAGGAUGGCUUGAUGCCUCCUUUUCCAAUCCAGCUGGUGAAAAUGGGGAAUUUCAAGUUGAAGAUGAGAAGGUGAGGAAGUACAAAAAGGAAGCUGUGACUAUAAUUCAUGAGUACUUUCUCUCUGAUGACAUUCCUGAACUCAUUCGAAGUCUAGAAGAUCUUGGAGCACCUGAGUAUAACUCAGUAUUUUUGAAGAGGCUAAUAACACUUGCUUUGGACCGAAAGAACAGAGAAAAGGAGAUGGCAUCUGUCCUACUAUCUGCACUGCAUAUAGAGAUAUUCUCAACGGAGGAUAUAGUUAAUGGUUUUGUCAUGCUUCUGGAAAAUGCAGAAGAUACAACACUGGAUAUACUGGAUGCUUCAAAUGAGCUUGCACUUUUCUUAGCUCGGGCUGUGAUUGAUGAUGUGCUUGCCCCAUUGAAUUUGGAUGAAAUUAGCAGCAGGCUACCACCAAAAAGCAGUGGUAGUGAAACUGUGCGUAUGGCUCGAACACUUGUUUCUGCUCGCCAUGCAGGUGAAAGGCUAUUGAGAUGCUGGGGCGGGGGAACUGGAUGGGCUGUGGAGGAUGCUAAGGACAAGAUCAUGAAGCUCUUGGAGGAGUACGAAAGUGGCGGGGUUGUCGGGGAAGCAUGCCAUUGUAUCCGUGACCUGGGAAUGCCUUUCUUUAACCACGAGGUGGUGAAGAAAGCUUUGGUUAUGGCCAUGGAGAAACAGAAUGAUAGGCUGCUAGAUCUGCUGCAGGAAUGCUUUAGUGAAGGCCUUAUCACCACCAACCAGAUGACUAAAGGGUUCACCCGAAUUAAGGAUGGUCUUGAUGAUCUGGCUCUGGACAUUCCAAAUGCAAAGGAAAAAUUUGCUUUCUAUGUGGAGCAUGCCCAGACCAAGGGCUGGCUCCUACCAUCAUUCGAUCCCUCUGCCACAGAUGUCUAA